CUUACCCUAAGCCUGCAGAGACUUCUUCUCUCCUUGCAUGAUCAUUGACUCCUAAUUAUUUUUCUCCGUCUGUGGGCUACUAAAGAUUUCUCGCCUGUGAUUCUGGUGGGCUUGGUGUGUUUGCGAGGGUUUAAUCUGGAGUGCUGUGUGAUCUAUUGACGAGGUGUCUUGAAGUUAGUUGUCUGUCUAUUUUCGUCUUAAAGAUCUGCCAACAGGAUGUUGCUCUCUCGACGUGCUUGCUACAAGUGUGGCAAUAUCGGCCACUAUGCUGAGGUCUGCUCCUCGUCCGAGCGCCUUUGCUACAACUGCAAGCAGCCUGGACACGAGUCUAGCAGCUGUCCCCGUCCUCGUACCACGGAGACCAAGCAAUGUUAUAACUGCCAGGGAUUGGGUCAUGUUCAGGCCGACUGUCCCACUUUGCGACUCAAUGGCGGUUCUGGCGGACGUUGCUACAACUGCAACCAGCCUGGCCAUCUAGCUCGUAACUGCCCGGCUCCCGCUGUCCAAGCUGGUGGCCGUGGUGCUGGUGCUCCUCGUGGUAAUUUUAACGGUGGAUUCCGUGGCGGAUAUGGUGGUUAUCCCCGUGCUGCCACCUGCUACAAGUGCGGUGGCCCCAACCACUUUGCCCGUGAUUGCCAGGCUCAGGCUAUGAAGUGCUACGCCUGCGGCAAGCUUGGCCAUAUCUCUCGUGACUGUACUGCCCCCAAUGGUGGCCCAUUGAGCUCUGCCGGAAAGGUCUGCUACAAGUGCUCCCAGGCCGGCCACAUCUCUCGGGACUGCCCCAACAAUGAAACCACGACUGCUCAGCCGGCUGUCGAUGCAGCCGCUGCUCCUGCCACCACUGCCGCUAACACGGCCGCUGAAACCAGCACGGAGGCCGUCUCUGUUGCCCCUGCUGCCCCGACCACCGCUGUUGCAUGAAUGCCUUUUUGAUUAAUCAAUCCCACUUUUGACGCGGGAGCCUACCUCAUUCUUCCUUCUGUUUUAGGUUUGCCGUUACCGGCCUCUCACGUUACCCUUUUUUUAUUUCCUGCCUUACCAUUUUCCUCCUUUGCAUAUAUUACCCUGUUUCGGGUUUCGGUACCGGCUUUGUUUUUUAUUUAUCAUGUAUACGACGAACAAAAAGUUCCACGAAGUCCCAGGAUCUUAUAUGACUUUGAUUCCACGAAUGGAUCGAGUCUCACGAUUGGCGUCUAUGGUUCUACCACGGGUUUUCUCUGUUGAGUUGUGGUUUCGGCCAGGGAACAUCAAGGAAAAGGAGAUGAAGCAAAUCGAAGGGCUAAUUGAGUGAAGUCUUUGUUUGUGGACCGAAGCAAGGCAGUGGGAUGUGCGGGCAUGGCUUCAAGAUGGUAUGAGCGGAUUAUCUGAGCCGAAGGGCAGACCCUUCAAAAGAGUGGCGCGGUGGACUUCUUCCUUGUACUCUCUCUCAUGCUAUACCCCUCGCAUAUACUCGUUGAAUGGGAAAUAGUGAAAAGAAAAACGUCUCAAUUUUCAAGAACUUC